UACUAAUAAAACCAAUACUGUAUUACAAUACGACGAAAACAAUGGAGUUGUCACUUGGGGAGCUGAUGCCUUAAGUUCUGAACCAAGUAGAAGGAAAAAAUUUAACAAUAAACUACAAAGGCCUGUUGAAUACUUUAAAUUUUAUUUAGGAGAUGUUCCUGAAAGCAAAAAGCCAAAAUUACCAUCUGGAAUUACUUUUGAAAAAGCGAUAACCGAUUAUCUUCGUCAAAUGGAUAUUGACUUUACGAUGAUAGAGAGAAUCGAGAAUCAUUGGCCCGGAAUUAAUUUUUACAAUAAUGUUCGACUUGUUUUCACCGUAUCUGCCGCGGAAGCUGCUGCGAUUCAUUGCAUGAAUAGGUUGAAAGAACUCAAAUUAACGACUGGAGCAAAAUAUUUGGUCGUCGAUUGUGGUGGAGGAACUGUGGAUUUGACAGUUAGAGAAUUGUUAGCUGAUAAUCGAUUAGCAGAAACAACCGAACGAACAGGUGAUUUUUGCGGUGGUACCUACGUCGAUGACGAGUUCCUAAAAUUUCUCGAGGGUAGAAAGUCCAAAUUCAAAGAUAUUGAAUUGUAUAUUGAGAAAAAAUGUCUUGCAAUUAAGCAAUAUGUCACUGGACCAGAAAGGGAGCAACUGUCAGAAGUUGAUGAAUGGCUUAUUGAUCUUGAUUUUGAUACCAUGUUCGAACUUUUCGGUGUUGUUUUAGUUGGAGGUUUCAGUGAAUCAAAAUAUGUUCAGUAUAGAAAUAAAGAGAAAUUUGGGAAUAUUUUAGAAAUAUCAAUUCCACCUAGCCCAGCUGCUGCAAUUGUAAGGGGCGCCUGCGAAUAUGGUCUUGAUAUGAAAACUGUAACCACUAGAGUAUUAAAAUGGACUUAUGGAGUUGAGGUUUCUGAAAAAUGGAUUAUGUUACCAAUUUACCCAAAUCAAACGUCCAUAUUAUUUAAAUUUUUUUAUACCACCAAAUAUAAUGCAACAUUUUGUGAUGAACCAGAGAUGAAAAGUUUAUGUAAUUUCACUAUUGAUUUGCCUGACACUCAUUUGGGACUGAAUCGUCCUGUGCUGAUAUCUUUACGUUUCGCAUCUAUGGAAAGUACUGUCGUAACAGCAAAGAAUGAAAUUAAUGGCGAAGUUUAUCGCACGACAUUUUCACUAAUGAUUAAAUUGUUUAUAUUAAAACAUACUAUACAAUGUGGUAGUAAACGUUUAGAAGCAAGAAGAUUUAAUGUAGAACUAAAACAAAUUCGUUAUUGGAUGAACCAAAAAUCUCAACUUGAAAAUGUAGCACCGCAUAUACAAAAACUCCAUAAAGAUAAAGAUGCUGCGCUUCCAGAAUUUGAAAAAAUUCUUUUUGAAUGGUAUCAGAUUUGA